GGAGGCUCCUGUUAUCAGCGGAGACGCCGAGCGGAGAACCCCGAAGACACCGGACGCUCCCUCUCGAGGGGUAUUUCUGGGCCUGUCGUCGAACGAUGUCAGUCACCGAGGACCUUCCAGACAUGGAUGGAGCUGAACUGUUGGGGCUGCUGUUCAACCAUGGAGCUGAUGGGUCCACCGAGCCGCUCUUCGCCGAUGAGAACGGACUCAUUGAAUCCUGGCUGUCGGAGCAAGAUAUGCUGACGGGAAUGGACACGGAAGACUUUCUAUCCAGCUUGUUGGAGGGAGACUACAACAUGGAGGCCAUCGGCCCCUCUCACUCUCCCGUCGGCAGCGACAGCGGCAUUUCCGAUGACAGCAGCACCGGGGUUGGAAACAACAACCACUUGGGAUGCCCGAGUCCCCAGGGCAGCGACAGCGACGUUGUGCCCAGUCCCUGCUACUCCCAGCCCAGCCCGGCGCACUCGGACCCGGCCCUGGCCCCUGGAGGGAUGCCGACGGAGAGCCUGGAGGUUUUGACCGUCCAGGCGGAUCACAGCUACUCUCUGCUGCAGGGCGGGGGUGGAGGCGGGGACAUGGACGUCCUGCAGAGUGUGAGGGCGGAGAAGCCGGACACGGAUGUCUUCAUUGAUCUGGACGACUUGGUGAGCGAGGACAUCGAGGAAGACUUCACAGACGAGCUGCCCUGCACGCUGGACAUGGAGGACUCGGCACAGGAUUCAACUCCAGCAGACCAGUUCAUAUUUAAAGAGAUUGUGCUCACCGAGGAGGAGAAGCGGCUUUUGGGGAAGGAGGGAGCAACUAUUCCGUCACACAUGCCGCUCACAAAGGCGGAGGAGAGGACCUUGAAGAGGGUCAGGAGGAAGAUCCGCAACAAGCAGUCGGCUCAGGAGAGCCGCAAGAAGAAGAAGGUGUAUGUUGACGGACUGGAAAACAGGGUCGCCGUCUGUACCGCACACAACCUGGAGCUGCAGAAGAAAGUCCAACUGCUCCAUAAACAGAACAUCUCCUUGAUCGAGCAACUGAAGAAGCUCCAGACGAUGAUGAAGAUGUCGACUAUGAAGGUCAGCACAACCAGCACCUGUGUUAUGGUGUUCCUGCUCUCUUUCUGUCUCAUCAUCUUCCCGUCAGUCAAUCCAUUCGGCGGAAACCGAGAACAGAAGGAACUCUACACACCCUCCUCCGUCAUCUCCCGGACCUUGCGCUCGCUGCCACAAGAGGGCACGGACGCCAUAUCCUACCUGGAUCCCGAGGACGACGAGGUUCUCUUGGUUCCCCAAGCCGAGGUGGAGAACGCCAAAGCCAUCUUCGCCGGCGGCGGCGCCGGCCUGAAGAACAACACGCCCGACUACCAGAGGAUGGAGCAGCCCGACUCCGAAACCGCGGUCAGCAGCAACUCCUCGGCGGACUUCCCCGUUCCCGCGCAGGCCGGCGAAAUGACGCCGGCGCCGCCCUCGCCGGACGGGUCCGUCGACGCCGCUGUAGCGUACGAGGUCACGGGAUCCAAGGACAACUGGAUCGACCGGAACCCCCCGUCCGUCAUACUGCAGCAGCACCGCUCCGAUGAGAUGUAGCGGGGCGGUGCUGAUCGGCCCAGCAGAGGGAGUCAGAGUCCCAAUGUCUGAGGUACCAGAGGGAAGCUUAAACUUACAAAAGGAUGAAGGGAAUAUACCGGUGAUUAUCUUGAUAUGGAUCAGUUCUUUCUGCCCCUCUAACGACCUUCUGAUGUACUACUGUUACUUAAUUUGCUCCAGUAGGCGAAAAGAACUGGAGCGAGAUUUGCAUAUUUCAGCAGAGUAAACGACCUAAAGACGAGGACCUCGAGAGGCACAAAGGGGCUCAUGUUUUUUUUAACGUACAAUAGGGCGCCGAUGACGUAGGAGACGUCGCACUUGACACUGUUAUUUAUCAAAGAAUUCUUAAGCUUGACUCGUCACUUCCGACGGAUUUGAAUAUUAACGUUAUCUGCACAUGAAUGACACUCCCAUUGUGAAUUUUGAAUGUGAAAUUAGAUAGUGCCAAACGUUUGGGCCAGAAAGCAUCCAUCGCAUCGUAGAAAAUAGGCGGCUUGAUACUCGGGGAAAAGCUUUUGAUUUGAAAGCGGUCGUCGGACCACCGUCAUGCUUAAAGCCAUUGCAGGACAUUUGGCCACUUAGAAGACUUGUAAAGUUGUUUUAGUAUUUCUCUUGUAACAAGGGUAUCCAUGCUUCUUUAACCCUCCUGUUACCUUAGGGUCAAUUUGACCCCAUUCAAUGUUUAAUGUCGGUGUUCUUUGGGGUCAAUUUGACCCCAGGCUGUUUUUCACUGUCAAACAUAUAAGAAAUAUCAACUUUUUUAUAUAUUUAAAGGGCUAUUUAGGUAGUCAACAAACAAACAUAAAGUACCUCACACUUAAACUUGGGAAACAAUAUUAAUUCUAAUAAUUUUCUGGAGGUUUUAAUUGUUGGGGUCAAAUUGACCCCGAGGGUAAAAUAUGUUAGUAAAUUUAAAGGUAACAGGAGGGUUAAACAUUGAAUGGGGUCAAAUUGACCCUAAGGUAACAGGAGGGUUAAAUACAAUUCUGGAAUGCUUUGUUUUUAUGUUGUACAGUAAAGCAAAGAAAUAUAAUGUUCAUAAUGCAAAGUAUGGAACAAGACACCGAACCCUCGGAUUUGUCGUUGUCCACCAAACGUAGUCGACCCCCUCCCGUCUCGUGGGACAGUUCUUUCUUUUCUAAAGUGUCUGAAAUACCUGAGCACCUGUGUGCGCCGAACAAAGGGGUUUUAUAUACAUCUGUGUAUUAUAUAUGAACCAUGUUGGAGUAGAAAUGUACAAAAAAAAGAUGUAAUGAACUGUUGUAAUCACGGCGAGGCAUUUUAGUUCUUGUUAUUUCUUACGUUACCGGCAGUAGUUGGGGGGAACCCUCACGGUAUUGGACCCGCUCUUUGUUAUAAUCGACUGUCGGUGAGAUUUUAAAUGUUCAUGAUCGUGUUGAACAAAUGCACGGGCAUUUGACACGCAGUCCAGGAAUGAAAUGUUAAUACGCUUACAUGAUUGUGGCUCUUCUGUACAUUGCAACUCUUUAUGUAAAAGACCUGUCUGGACAUCUAUAAUAUGAAUAAACUUUUUAUAUAUAUAAAUAUAUAUAUAUAAAUCAUAACAACGGU